CUUUCUCUUUAUUAGUACUAUUAUUCAUCCUGUAUAGCUUAAACAAUUCAAAUUUAAUGGCAAUUUCCACCGGCGCCGUCGAGUUUCUCCGGAGACGGCUCCUCCCAACGACGCUUAUCCACGUCACGGCUCUAGACGGGAUCGUUAACGUUAAUUCCCUCUUCUCGCUUGCUCUUUUCCUCGGCCUCACCACAAGUGGAAACAUCACUUUCCCGGUUUCAUCCUCAUCCGCGGCCGAGAGCCAACAUCUCCGCAGGUGUAUCGCCGCAAAAGGUAAUGCAUUAGCGGAGAGGUUAGUCUCAAGCCAUGUUUACUCCUUCAGCUUCUUCCUCUUUUCCAGCCUCAUCGCUAUGUCUCUCAAGCAAGCAAUCAGGACAACAACAACAACAACAAGGAACGGGAAUGUUGUGGUGGAGGAGGAGGAGGCGCGUGUGCUAAAAGCAGGAGAAGGGCGUGUGAACUUGGCAGCUUUGAGGGUUGGGAUCGUUUCUUCGUGCGUUGCGUCGGUUUUGGGAUGUGGUUUCUUGACAAUGGGGUUAGUGGAUCUUGUUCAGCUCAAACUUGGACCUUUGGAGUGUAAGAGAAGCUUUCAUGCACUUGCGGCUAUUGUUGUCCUUGUUAGGGAUGUCAACUGGGCUCUAAAACCAUGGGCUGUCCAGUCCAAAUUAAUUUGGACUGGUUUUAGUUAUUACCAAAUUUAAAACAGUCAAAUGGGCCUAAAACUAAUUUAGUCCAUUGAUAUACGGUCCAAACUAGUUUGGACGUGGGCCGUCCAAUAACCCUAAAAAAAAUUAGGGUUUUUACAAUUUGGGGGAAACUUUUUUUUUUCAUUUCGCCUCUUUCUCUCUUUCUCCUCUUUCUCUCUCAGCCUCUCAGGCGAUAAAAAUUAGGGUUUUUACUUCAAAUCAUCUCGAUCUAUUUCAAAUCAUCUUGAUCUACUUCAAAUCAUUUCGAUUUCUCCUCUGCGGCUCUUCUUCUCGUGAUCUCGUCAUCUCGAUUUGUAUAAGAUGGACAAAACACUGAGCUUGUGUGAUGAUAACUACAUCGUGAGUGAUACUGAAUGGGAUCGACAUAUGAUGGAAGAAGAAAACAAUCUGAUGGACGAUGAAAACAAUCCGGUGGAUGAUGAAAACAAUCCGGUGGACGAUGAAUCUCUCAUGGGUGAAUCAUCUCAUGCUCAAGGGAAAAGAGGUAAACGUAGACAUUCAAGGUGUUGGAAAAAUUUCACUAUUAUUGGAGAGAAAGAUAAAGAUGGUAAAUAUCAUAUUAUAUGCAACCACUGCAAGCAUAAUUAUCACUUGAAUCUUGAUAGGAAUGGAACAACUACUUUGCUUAGGCAUAUGAAAACUUGUUCCAAAACUCCUGGUAGUACUCCUAGUGCUCAUAGUCGAAAGAUUGAUAUGAUGGUGUUCCGUGAGUUGAUUGCUGUUGCGAUUAUUGAGCAUGAUCUUCCUUACACAUUUGUUGAAUAUAGAAGGAUUAGGGAAGCUUUUGCAUAUGUCAAUCCGAGUAUUGAGUUUUGGAGUAGGAAUACUGCAGUUGCUGAUGUUCUGAAAAUUUCUGAGAAGGAGAAAAACAAACUGAAGCAGAUUUUGAGUGAAAUUCCGGGUAGAGUUUGUUUUACCACUGAUUUGUGGAGAGCUAUAACCGUGGAAGGGUAUAUGUGUUUAACUGCGCAUUACAUUGAUGCAAAUUGGAACUUGCAAGCCAAAAUAAUAUCUUUUUGUGCUUUUCCUCCACCACAUUCUGGGGUUGCAUUGGGUAUGAAGUUGAUUGAGUUGUUGAAAGCUUGGGGGGUUAGAUAAGAAGGUAUUUUCUAUUACUGUAGACAAUGCUUCAUCGAAUGAUAAUAUGCAAGGAGUUGUGAAAAGGCAACUUAGAAAGGAUUUGGUCUGUGGGGGAGAGUUUUUUCAUGUAAGGUGUGUAGCUCAUAUAUUGAAUCUUAUAGUUCAAGAUGGGUUAGAUCUUAUAGAGAAAGCUUUGGAUAAAAUUAGGGAAAGUGUCAAGUUUGUUAGGAUUUCAGAGUCUCGAGAACAGAUGUUCCAAGGGUGUGUUGAAACUGUUGGGAUUCAUACUAAAGCUGGUCUUGUUAUGGACGUGAGAACACGUUGGAACUCAACCCAUCUAAUGUUGUCUAGAGCGAUCCAAUUUAAAGAUGUGCUGCGUAAUCUUUCUGAAGUAGAGCCGAGUUAUAAGUGGUUUCCGUCUGAAUUGGAGUGGUCUAGAGCAGAGCUUAUAUGCGAGUUCUUGAGGCUAUUUGAUGAAAUAACAAAAAUUGUUUCAGGCUCUAAAUAUCCUACUGCGAAUAUGUACUUUAUGCAAGUUUGGAAAAUUGAAAGUUGGCUUAGAGUUCAUGCAACAUCUGAGGAUGAGACCAUUUGUGAAAUGGUGGAUACCAUGAAGAUGAAGUUUGACAAAUAUUGGAAAGACUACAGUGAUAUACUUGCGAUUGCUGCUGUUUUGUAUCCAAGGUUGAAGUUGACUUGUUUAGAAUACUGCUUUAGCACUUUAGAUCCAUCAACUAGCAAGUCUAAGGUUGAUCACAUCCGCAAGAAGAUAGAAAAGCUGUAUGGAGUUUAUAAGAAGAAUACUGUGAACACUGCUGCAACUUCACAAGUUAUGGAGGAUAAUCUACCAUGGUGGCUUUUAUGCAUUUGUUUCUCAAAAAGCUGGAACAGGAAAAUCGGCUCUAGAUAUGUACUUGGAUGAACCAGCUUUGGAUAUGGUUGCGUUCCAGAGUUUGGAUGUCUUGAAGUAUUGGAAAGAUAAUGCAGCACGUUUUAAAGAGUUGUCUCGCAUGGCAUGUGAUGUACUUUGCAUAUGAUGUCUUGAUAGUUUUGUUAUGUUUUCAUUUGAUAGGUGGAACCGAGUUUCUUGAGGAAGAUGAAGAAGAAAAAGAAGAAGGAGAAGAAAGAGAAGAAGAAGGGGAGGAAGGAGAAGGUGUAAGAAAGAGGACCAGAGUUACUUAGAACUUUAGAAGAAUCCGAUGGAGGGAGAUCAGAUGGAGGGAAGAAAAAGCCUAGUCAUAUGUUUGUUUUCGUGAUUGCUUCAGGCUUCAGCUAUCGAGUAUUAGUGUAUUACUGUAUUAUGAAUUUAUGACUUUAUGAGUUUAUGAUUGUGAGUUUAUGAAUUUAUGAGUUUAUGAGAU